AAGAUGUCGCCAGGUCGUACGGUUGUCUGCAGUAAUGGCUGAACGACUUCUGUCGUGGACUCUGUUUACCGGAUCUGCUCUCGUUCUGUGAAUCCGCAUAACGAUAACCGAACGUUCGUUAGAGGUAGGUGAUCGUUGGUUUUUAUUUUAUAACUCUAUCAAAAGACGCCGACAGGACAGGUAACAACGCUAAUGUCAGAUGUGUCUUUAGUCGACUGCUCUGUUGUGAUAUCGUUGAACGGUGAAAAAAACGGGGAAGAAAAACAGAUAUGCGGUAAAAUCGUAGUGAGAUUCUUCUGUUGUUAAAGCGGAGCUGUUUAAAAUUCACGUUGUGCUUACUGUUGCUGGAUUCAUUUCUAGUGUAGUUGUGUAUAAGUUUAUAAUUUAUUUAAAACCAAGCAGUGAAUCAUGAGUUUUUUCGGUUGGAAGAAGAAACUGCCGAUUAGCGAAGAGGACCCGUCGUACAAGGUCCGGUAUUUGGGAAAUGUUCAGACAGCGAUGAUGAAAGGCGACGGCUGCGUCGACAAACCCGUGGGGAUUAUCUGGAACAACUACAUGCGCAGCGCCCAUCCCGGCCUCGACAUGAGGCUCGUCAUCACCGGGUCCGGCCUUCAGGCCCACACCAAGGAGCAGGGCCUCACCGAGUACCGAUCUCACCGCGUCUCGUACUGCAUCGCGCACCCGAAGUACCCGCGGGUGUUCGUCUGGGUGUACCGCCACCAGGGCAAGAAGAUGAAGAUGGAACUAAGAUGCCACGCGGUUCUGUGCAAAACGGAGGCCAAGGCCAAAGCUAUGGUGUUACAACUUCAGGAAAAGCUGUCUUUCGCUCUGAAGGAGUUCCAGAGGGAGAAGUUACGCAAACAGAACUCCAGGUUCAUCCUGCUACGCACGAACUCGCUCCCGAGGACCGGGUCCGUCCUGCCCAUGAGGAAAGUGAUGCUGAGCACGGCGAACAACUUCAAGCCGGCGUCCAACAAGUCGAACUCUGCUCCUAAACUAGGAGCCAUCUCCGAGGACGAGGAGCACAGCUUCGAGGACUGCUCCUUCGACGAGAAUUUCUUGGAGUCUGAUUUCGAUGAUAUCGAGGAGGAGAUAGACGAAAACGAGAACUUGGAGAGCGCCAGUGAAAUGAUUGAGGCGCUAACGCUUCACGGACAGAGUUCUGUCCCCACCGGGACGGCGGAUUCUUUACUUAUUGACGUGGAGAUAGGGAACGACAUCGCCGAGCUCAGACAGGACUGUGAUGUGCAAUACUGUCUGAGUCACACGGACUCGGACGAGGAGAGCGCCGAGUCCGGAUUUCACGACCAGGACCCCAGGGACGGAGGGAUGUGUUCCGGGGGUGUGGGGGAGAAACCGGACGAGGAUGAAGUGAGCGUGUGCGAGCUGCCCACUCCGGAUGUGCAGAGUGCCCACGAGGACGAGAUUACCAGCUUCUAGACGCAGAAUCAAAGACGCAACGUAACCUCCGUUAGCAGCAAUGGAAGAUUCCGAGACACGAUGAAUAGAAAGAGAGAGAGAAAAAAAUCUGUAGGCCAAUUCUAUUUCCAGGGAUAUGAGGACCCUUUCCUGAAUUAUUUUUUUCAUAAUGUAUUGAUGACAAAUGGAAGCUGUAGCGCAUCAUGGCCUUGUAUGGAUUAAAUAUUUCUAAAAACAGUUUGUGAACCUCAAUAUCUCCUGCUGCUGUGUGUGUGUGUUACGCUGAACGCAUCCUCCAACCCCCAGGGUACGGUCCUGUGAUUGACACAUUCGUUAACAGUUUGUUCUGUGGUACGUUCACAAUCGACCCACCGUCUGGAUACGGACUUUCAGUGGCUGGUUUCUUCUCCAGUGUGUCAUGAAAAUCGCUGAUGUAUAACAGUCAUGGUGCAAGCAAACACUCAACGAACGUUGUGACUCGAUACUUGACCUAGUGAUGCAUUGAAGACUAAUUCUGUGACUUCAUUGAAGAAAACAACACCAAGGUCUCGUGCUUAUAAAACUGAAAACUGAGACUCGAGACCUUUAACAAAGUUUCGCUCAUACAUAUAGCACGAGGUUUACUAUAUGUUAAACAUCAAAAUAACUGUACUUUAAAAUGUGCUGAGGUGUCGUUAGUUAAACAUGAUUCUCAUCCUGUAUUAAGGCUUUCAUUAAGGUCUGAUGAUUUUACUAAACUCUGUUGAGCCCCAGGCACGGCGGAAGCAAGUAGACAUUGGGGGAGGGGGGGGGAGGGCGCUGCGCCCUCGAUUUCAGUCAGCCCCCCAAUCUCAAAGUGUUUAAGGGGGUAUGUUCCCCCGUAAAUUUUUGCUAAACUAGAUGUCCUGAAAUGCAAUUUUUUGCAUUCUGCAAGUAAAAUUCAUCUUUGCCUUAAGAUUUACUACCAAUAAUAUUUUUGAUUCAGAAUCAAUGUGCUCCGCCGUGUUUUAAAGUUGUUGUUUUAAAAAAAAAAAAAAAAAAAAAGCUUCUAUCUUGCUGUCGGGAUUUCGGUUUAUAACAUUUAAUUGAGCCUGGUGGUAGGGUAUAUUUUCUUUUGGGGGACACUAGUGGACAUGACAUUGGUAUUAAUUUAGAAAGAAUUCAAGAUCAAAAGAUCAGUGUUUUUUGUCGCUAAUGGUGUAGUUGCCAGGCUAUUAUGUAUGUUCAGUGUUAAAGUCACUAGUGAUCAAACAAUCUAAAGACAUUUUCAGGGCCGUAGCUAGUGUGUGUGUGCGGGGGGGGGGGGGUUAAGGGGGGCAGUUGCCGAAAAAAAUCCGGGAAGCUUUAAAGAAACUUAAAGAAAAUUAUCUUGUUAACUGUUUAAGGAGUUUUAGACUAUUAACUACUCAGUUGCCCGCCCCCCCCCCCCCCCCCCGAACAAAAAAUCCUAGCUACGGCCCUGAUUUCUAUUUUGUUUAAUAUUCAGGAUCAAAGUUCCCUUUGUCACUAAUUAUGACAGUAUGCGACAUAAAAAUGUUAAGAUACCUCCCUCUCACAUGCGCACAUACACACCCACGCACGCGCGCGCGCGCACACACACACACACACACACACACACACACACACACACACACACACACACACAGACAACCUACACUGAUAUGAUUGAUCGUUUUGACAAAUACGAUUGAAACAACCACCCAUCUUGCGUGCACCCGUGUAAAUACAUAUAUCAUGGCUAAACCAGGAAACGUAACGAGUAAAAACACAACAAAAGGUUGUAUCUUAUUUUUGGAAAUGCUUCAGGGAAACUCGAUGACUGAUGACGACAUCUGAGUAAUAGAAGGCUAUGACUUAAGACUAGGUCACACCGGGUCAUUCGCUUGUGUAACCCAGAUAUGUAAAAUAAAAGACAAUUUUGUAAUCUUAAAUUCUCUCGUCUGCUUAACAACCAGUUUUUUGUUGUUUUUUUUGAAACGUCGCGCUGCGUGUUAGAAUGAGGAACUUCACGCGGUCGCGAUAUUUUUUGAGCAGACAAUAAUUUUCUUCUUUUCUUUUUUUGUUUUGUUUCGUAACACAAAACUUGUCCAUGACACACAACGGGUUCUGAGAUUUUCGCGGACCCGGAUCUCAUUGUUUUGAAUUGGAGACAGAAAUGAGUCAACUUGUUCCUUUUCAGAAAAAAAGUCCACAAAAAAACUAAACAAAAACGAAAGGUGCGUCAACACAAUACGAUUGCCUCAUACGUGAAUAGCCCAUUACAUAGCAACUGGUGAAAUCGUAAUGUUUGUCUUGUCACAACCGGGUACUAUCGUACACGGCAUUCGUAUAGUAUGACGUCGCCUUUAGUCCAAAUUGCACUAUUUAUAAUAAAAUUGCAAAUACUUUGAAAUUAUUUAUCUCAUCCCUUAAAUAUUUGGCCAAACUUGUAUUUUCAGGGUCGAACCUAGUCAAAAAUAACUAUUGCGGGGGUGGGGUGGGGGGUAAAAUUAAAAGAAGGACACAAUAGUUUGGGAUUUCCAUUGGCCUUCAAAAAUCACACUUUUAAAUUAAAAAGGGGAUAUUUCUACAUACCCGUAGCCACUAGGCACGCAUCUGUAAACCUAAAAAAAACAUUUUUUAAAAUGACGCUAAAACACUAUAAUAAUGAAUAUACUCUCAACCGCUUCCGGCAUCGCCACUCCCAUCCAUAUCAUGCCAUCUGUGCAAAUCGAUUCUUUUUUGUCAUGAAAAUCGUUUUUCAUUUACGCGGAACGUGGAAAACACUCAUAAAACAAAUUGAUUCUAUGUUUACCAAUAGCACUGAUUUUACUCGAGCUGCGUAGUUUGCCUACCCCUGCUUCUAACGGCCUAGUUAAAGGCAUACUGUCACAGAUUUAAGGAACUUAUUUCUCCAAAAACUGAUAAUACAUAAAUAUUACAUUAAUUUGUGAAAACCAAAUCUACUUAUCACAUCACCUUAACUGAACUAUGUUGAAGGGAAGUCCAUGUCAACCCUCUUGGCAAUAUUAGUUUUUGAAUUAUGGACCAUUGCCAUAAUUCAAUUAUUUUUUACGAAAUAUCAUUAAUAGGUGAAGUAUAGUGGUUACGUAGAUGGUUGAAUAAAGUACAUUUAGGUACAAAUUAAAUAUAUAUUUUUUCAGGUAAUACUUUGUUAGGCCAUUUAAUAGGCCAGUGGUCUGUGACAAUAUGCUUUUAAGGAUGAUAUUGUUUUUAUUAUUGUUAUUUUUAAUAUAUCUUUGUCAUGAGGUAAUAAUAAUUAAAACACUUUUUUCUCUUCUUUUUGUUUUUUGUCAGUUCAGAUUUGGGGGCUGGGGCGAAAACAAGACAAUACAUUUAAUUGAACAGACUGUAUAUAUACGACACGUGAUGGUGUAUUUUCUAAUGCAUUUUGUCUGUUUAUAUAAUUAUAUGUAAUUUGUAUAUAUACGUAUAUGAAAAACUGUUCCCAUAUUUUUACUUUAAUAACUUAUUAUACCUAUUCAGUGUAAUAUGUAUUAAUUAAUAUUUGAAUGUUACUUGGAGAGAAAUAGAUAUUUAGCGAAAAAAGAUGUAAAUAGUUAUGGACAACAAUUGCGUGUAUGUGUACGUUGUAAUUGGUCACUAAAAGCCCAGUGCAAUACAUUAAACCAGCUGUUGUUAACAGAAACAAAUUAUCGAGUACAUUCGAUAAUUUCUGUUACCAUACUCGCUAAUUUUCGUGAUAAUUCGUCUGUGUAAUAAGUGUUACGUAAAUUAUCGAGUCUGCUGUAACGACACUGUGUGUAAAUAUGUAAAUAUUUUUGAAUAUCAUGACACCAAAUGGAUUUCCCUCAUU